AUGCGUCAAACCCCUCUCAGCAGCACUUUGCUGCUCCCCCUCCUCCUCCUCACCAUAUUCACAUCCCUUAUCUCUGCUCGACCAAGUGAUAUCAUCUUUACCCCCUCCAAAACUUCUCCGCUCAUCCCUCAGGCACCUACUCCCAACAAACCUCGCCGAAUCACCGUCCGACACUACAUCCUAAACGUAACCUCCUCCGACAUCUGGCAAGCAUGCGAAUCCUUCUCUUCCACACCCCUCAUAAACUCCACCUUCCCCGGCCCACCCCUUCGAGCUCGCUCCGGCGAAAUCCUCUCCGUCCGAGUCUACAAUAGCCUCCCUCACACCUCCUCAAUGCAGCACAACCUAACCGUGCACUUCCACGGUCUCUCAAUGAAAAUGCACCCAGUUAUGGAUGGAACUACAAUGGUUUCCCAAUGGCCAAUCCAACCUGGUCAAUUCUUCGAUUACAAAAUCCCUUUGACAGCGGAAGAUUUGGGUACUUAUUUCUAUCACUCUCAUGUGGGGGUGCAGGCUAUGACUGCUUACGGAGCUGUGAUUGUGGAGGAUCCGGAUGAGGACAAGUUUUUUGAUCCGAAUGAUAUCAAGAUGCGAGACAAGGUGGAAUUUGUGGAUGUAUGGGGUGAUGAAGGGUUACCGGGUGGAAGUGGGAAGAAGAGUCCAUAUACGUGGGAUGAGGAUAGGGUGCUGGCUGUGAGCGAUUGGUGGAGUUAUAGUUCACCCGAAAGAGUGGCGGGUCAAUUAAAGGGUGAUCCUUUUGUUUGGCCUGGAAGUGCAAACCGACUUUUACUCAACGGAAAGAGCUCUCCCACUGAUAUUAAAAGUAUGGUCGAACCAAGUUGCAACGCUACCAAAGCUUCAUUGGUGGGUGUAAGUUGCGAUGCAGCUCCAAAGAGUUGUACCACCGCAAAAGACUAUCCUAAGAUUCAGGUGGAUUAUGGGAAAAGGUACAGGUUCAGGUUUAUCGGUGCAACAAGCUUGAUGUAUGUCUCGUUGGGAAUCGCAAAACCAGGACGGGGAGGUAAAAAGGUGGAGUGGGAAAAAAUGGAGCUCAUCGAAGCAGACGGUUCCUACCUGCAUCCACUCGAAGUUGAUCGUGUCGAAAUCACCUCUGGUCAACGCUACUCCACCCUCUUCCGCUCUAAAUCCGCCGCUCAAGUAGCAAAGGACAACACAGGAGGAGUUUACUGGAUCAGAGCCGAAUCGCGAUGGCGAGCCGGUCCGAGUAUGUGGGUUAAACUCGUCUACCCUUCUGCUAAAGGCGGGGCUUCGCCUCCAGCUCUAUUCGAUUCCGCAGGCAAAGAACUCCAACUUUUGCCCAAGGAAACUUUCGGAUGGGUCGCAUCGCAACUCUCACCUCUCUCCAAACCAGGUGGACCACAAUGGUGGUACCCCAACCCAAUGCCUAAGGAUGACGAAGUUACUCGAACGGUCAUCAUCGAUACUCAACAAGUCAAGUUCUACCCUUCAAACAAGGGCGUAAAGUGGGCGGAGAAUGGGAAGCUGUUCAACGAAACAAACCCAGACCCAACCGAUCCCUCGCCUUUCUUGGUUCGAACUUUCCUUGGCGAUAUUGACUUCCCCACUCCGGAGCAACUCGAUUCACCUAGCUUCAACCCGACUAGCUAUGCGAGCAGUCCAGAAAACGCCACUGUCCAAGGCCUAAUCGCAGACAGCCAAGCGGAGCGGGACGCAGCAAAAGCAAGACAUUGGGGUCAGGGUUAUGAUAAGAACUUGAACCUUUAUUUCGCAGAAUCCAACGAAGUCAUCGACAUCGUAAUCGUCAAUAAACCCUCCCAACUCUCAUCCUCGGUCGAAAUUCACCCCUGGCACAUGCACUCACAUAAACAUUGGUCACGAACCAUCCAACCUGGAACUUUCUCCUUUUCUCGUCUCGAAUCCCUCUACAACCCCUCCUCCUCCCCUUCCCCCGGCUCUGGCUUCCAGCAGCCAAUCAAGCGAGACACGACAAUCGUCUACGCGAGUCCCGGAGCCGCAUACCUCAACCAAACGAUCCCAAACCCAAACGAAAACGAUGGAGGAUUCGCAGUGCUCCGAUACAAAGUCGAUGGUAGGAAUGCAGGUGUGUUUCUGCUGCAUUGCCAUUUGACUUUCCAUCUGGAAAUGGGCAUGGGGACGGUUUGGACUAUGGCUCCGAGGGAGUUGGCUGAUAAGAUGAGUGGCUAUCCUCCGAAACAAGUUGGUGUUGCGAGCGGGGGGAAGAAGGAGAGUGUGCAAGGACUCGAUUCGAGCUACUUUGGCUUCGGCAAGAGUGUAAGCGCUGUUUGA